AUGCAAAAUUGUCACAAGAACUACGAUGCUCUCUUAAUUGCAAAGAUUACGAAUGAAAGGGUUGGCCCGGCGGGCAACAGCGGGCUACGACGACCAUCCCGAUCGCCGCGCAGCCAGCGUAGCCGCAGCGCGGACGUGGACUGCCUGAAGAAGUACACGGAGCGCCGCGUGGAGGAGCGCCGGCACACGGAGAUCAGCGACGCCAGCAAGCUGGACACCUCCAAGUGGGCGCCGCUGCCGAGGAACUUGCCGCGAGGUCAGCAAGCGAGUCCCGGCAGCAGCAAGAGACCAUCAAGGGACGAGCGGCAGGAUAGCGUGGACGAGUCGGCGACGGCUAUCGAAAGGUGGCCAGGCAAGCUGGCGAACUCGGCAACCUCGGAGGACCCCCGGUCCUCCGUCGCCAGGACGCUCGAUCCUGAGCUCAUCGCGCCGCGUCAGCCUGGCUCCAGGAGUCACAGCACCGACGUGACCGCUCUGAGGGCUCACGACAAGCGCAGCAUCGAGCAACGACGGCACACAGACUGCAGCGACCCGCGCACCAUCGCCACGAGGUGGAUACCGCAGAUCGACGGCGCCAAGUUUCGCCGUGAGUCGUCCCCCCUCGCGAGGGUCGACUGCGCGAUCACCAAGGGCUCGGCCAACCGGUGGAUGACCUUCGUGAAAAGUCCGUCUCCCGAUCUUGUGCCGAGGGCGAAUCCCGAAGGGAGGGAUUCCAUCGCGGAAUGCAUCAAGAAGGACGAAGGAGCGUGCAAGGACUCGGAUAACUCCAAGUGGCAGCCACCGAGGAAGUUCUCGCCGGCGAAGAACGAGAAGGGACACCUGCAGAGGCAAGAUGAAUUGGACAUGAGCAGAGAUCGCUCCUUCAGCUGCGUUGACACCAACGAUCGAGCUAUCAAGCUCAGCCAACGCAUGCGGGACCUGUACGACUUCAAGACGGAGAACGAGUGGCCGAAGAGGGCUGGGAGUUCUCAGCGAGAAAACGCGUGGAUCAGCAAGAGUAGCAGCGAGGAGGAGAGGACCAACUACCAGCCGGUUCGCAGGAACAGCCAGGACCUGGAGUUUAACGACAGGAUGAGCAGAUUCAAGUCCAAGGCGUGUGAAAUCCAAGAGUGCGAAGAAGACAGACAAAGGUCGACGAAGGACAGCCACAACGCCAGCGAGGUGUUCAUCGACGAGCAAGAGGAGCGUCUAUGGAAGUUCAACGACAAACUGCGCUACAGCGAAGACCUCGGUACGAGACGGGCACGAGGUCGUGAACGACGCACCUACUCGGACGACUACGACGAGAAAGCCCGAAGAGAGUCCCGUAUGUCCCGUCAGUCGGAAUCGUGGGUGACCAAGAGAGACCGACCAGGAGAGACACCCGCGAAGAGGGUGGACAAGGAGAACAAGCGGAACUCGGACGUGAGCGCGAAGUCGCGCGAUUCUCAUGUCAGCUACGUGGAAGUGGACUUCCCGAAGCGGGAGACGCGCACCAGCGACGCUAGCUACGCCAGCGUCAACUUCAGCAAGCGCGGCAGCGUGGAGUGCAAGAGCACCCGGAAGAUCCUGGAGGCGCCGCCGAGAAGAGCCUUCAGCCAGAGCGAUGAGCGACCCGCCACACCGGUGCCGCCGAUCGAAUGGAACGACGAGCGUUAUGUGCCCAAGAAGCUGUCCUCGGAUCGCCAGAAGAGAGACAGCACCAGGUACAAGGUGUACCUGACGUAGGGAACGCUCGUGAGGGCAGGUGUUUCGCCAAGCGAACGUCAUCGCUUUCGCCUGCUUUCUGAGUAAUCUCCGUUGACGAAGUGGAGCUACAAAUGCGACGUGUAUGUGGAAGAUGUCAGUGCGAAGUGGAGUCCGAUGCGAAGGUCAGUCGA